AGGAAGGAAACACCCGUUCAGCGAGUUUGACGAGUUUCAUAACAUGCUUUCUGAAAGUUGCAUUUAUACUUUGCCAAGUUCAGGCGAGGAGCGAGGAGCGAGGAAAUGAGACUUGUUUUUUUGGUUUCGUUUUUCUUUUACUUGGGAUGUACCCACUGUGUUACAGCUCUAGCAUUCCAGUUUCAAAAGACCAUCAGAAGAGCAAACAUGGGUUAUGGAGACAUCAUGAGGGUUGAAACGACUGGCGCUUCGUGGCAAACAGCCCAGCAGGACAAGCUGUCAUCCUCAGGUGUGGCUGCAUCAAACACCAUGGCACAGACUGAUGCAGGCAGAAUGGAAAAGUACAGGUCUAAGAUCAACACAGUGGGAGGAAAAUAUGGAAUCGCUCCAGCUCUCAUUGCUGCCAUCAUCUCCAGAGAGUCCCGGGCUGGAAAUGUGUUAAAUAAUGGCUGGGGAGACGGCGGAAACGCCUGGGGACUGAUGCAGGUUGAUGUUAAUCCAAACGGAGGUGGACACACUAAACGUGGUGGUUGGGACAGUGAGGAACACCUCUGUCAAGGCACCGAGAUCUUGGUUCAUUUUAUCGGACGCAUCCGCAACAAAUUUCCUAGCUGGAGCACGGAGCAGCAGCUGAAAGGAGGGAUAGCAGCCUACAAUAUGGGGGACGGAAAUGUCCGUUCCUAUGAUAACGUGGACGGCGGCACAACCGGUGGAGAUUACUCCAAUGAUGUUGUUGCCAGAGCUCAGUGGUACAAAACCAAUAAAGGCUACUAAAACCUGAAGCUGCAGAAAUCUCCGCAAAAUCUCCUGCAAAUAAUCACUCUGUAAUGUGAGCUCGAUGUUAAAACACAAGCUAAAUAAACAUGAAGCAAAACCA